GGGCCCUCAUCGUCAAGCAUCAACUCGCAGGGCUUCCCUUUUGGCUGCGCCGUACUACCUUGUAAUUGUACUUCUGGAGCCUGUUCCCCUCAGAGAAGCUUGCCACGGAUGGGGUUGUAAAACUUCGCGUCCCUCCUCCCGGUGACCAUCGCCUCCUCCACCAGACCCGUGGACAAGUCCGGACUGCGUAUUCCUAUUUUCGGAUCUCCACCAGCUAUCGUCAAUGUACUCCAUGGAAUCUUCAUUAGCACCCCCUCGCGCAAGAAGGAAUCGUCGUCGCCAGUCCCCAUCUCGCUUCGCGAACCCUUCGCUCGCACUACCUGUCGUCGCCCUCCUCGCCGCCUCGCUGCUCCCUUCGACCAUGGCGCAGCAGUGCAUCCCUCUAAAAGGAUCCACGCUGUGCCCGGCUUUUAGCGAUGCCUCCGUCAGUACGAGCGCGCCUUUUCCCUUCCUAGCCUUCGUGUCAGAUGUGCAGUCAUUUGACAGAGGUUUACGAGAAUACAUCAGUACCGGCUACGCGAGAAGACAAUACCAGGAACGCAUGGGCUGCUCCAACGUCAAGCUUAGCAAUACCACCGAACUCUACGCUCGUUACACCACGUCGGUUCUUUGCAAUCUCAUAGUUCAGGCCUCCGUGGGGCCCUGCAAUCUGACUCCGGAAGUUUCCAGGGCUCUGUGUGCGCCCGAUUGUGGCGACUACGCAAUCAGUGAACAGCAAAUUACCUCCAGCCCGGAACUUUGUGGUACUCCUGGAACGAAUGCCCUCGACAUCAUCAGAGCCGACUAUCAGGAUUGCUCAACCCCUUCACGUGCCCUAACAGGAACCUGCGUCGCGGCAUCGAGCAAUGAGCCGGAAGAGUGCGGUUACCAGUCUAACCUCCCGGCUCUGUGUGCCUUCUGCGGCCAGAGUUCUGCCAAUUCAACGGACUCUUGCUGCGUCAAUGCCAAGGUGGAGGAGCGUUGUAAAGGUGUUCGCCUUCCCUGGACUUCGUCAAUGCCGCCCCUCUCGCUACCGACUGGAACUGUUGAUCCCACAGCGACUGCUACCCCUGGCGCCGGAGCUGGAGGUCGCGGCCUAUCUGGAGGCGCCAUUGCCGGUAUAGUUGUGGGCUCCGUGGUGGGCGCGCUUCUGAUUCUUGCGGGUGUGAUCUUCUUCUGCAUCAGUUUGAAGCGCCGCCGGGGACAUGGCGUUAGUUCAUUGAACAUGCCCUCUCCAACACGGAAAGGGCCGCAGAUGGGUUAUCGUGAUGUCUCUGCACCGCCCGAAGUCCUACCUGGAGCUCGUGUGGCUCGUAUGUCGGCCCUCGAAGGAUCAGAGUCUUCGGAAGGUCACCCUUCUCCUGGUAUGCUUGGAGCUUAUCAUCGCGGACGCGAAGAUCAAUACGCCUCUCCAGCGUCACGCGGCGCCGGCCUGCCGAGACGUGACGGUUCGCUCUCGGGCAGUUCUAUUCUCGGCGGAAGUGAGGAACAUUCGUCGCCGCGGACAAACACUAACAGCGAUCGGAACUUCUCUAGCCCUGAAGGUGUGGCAUCUGGCCAGUCCGAGCAGCUCCAGUUUUUCAAGGACUACUAUUCUCAAGACGACAUACAUCCGAAUGAUGCCGUUGCUGUUCUGUGGGCUUACCAGCCCCGCGCGAAUGACGAGUUCCAACUUGAGCGUGGCGAUAUGCUCAAAGUGGUCGGCAUUUGGGACGAUGGCUGGGCCACAGGAGUAAAACUCACAGAGACCGCUGAGCAAUGGGAAGCCCGCAAGCAAGUGCAGCGCGACUCUGGCGUGAGCGGCCAGACCUUGCAGGCACAAACCGAGAGCGACAAUGAGAUCAAAGCUUUCCCCUUGGUAUGUGUCUGCCUGCCGCAGCACUGGCGCAAGACAAUCGAAGGGGACAGCACUACCGAGGCCGCACAAGGCAGUGAGCCACCCCCAAGUCCUUAGGACAUGACAACGGAAGCCAUCAAGGCAUUGAGGCCGAGCAGCUCAUCCUCUUGCCCGCUUUCAGCCUGGGACAAGCGGUCUUUCGGUCCUCCUCCAGCGGGCUGGUGGCUGAGGCUGCGAAGCCCACCUUCUCUGCCCGGCGACAUCAGCCCGCUCACCCAUAUUGCCGAAUCUCACGCGACACGACGACUACCGCUAUGCUAUGUACACUUGUUUCGAAGACGGAUUGCCGU